AAACUUUCACUACGCUACAUAAUUUCAUUGAUAAGGAUAUAGGUUGAAUAUACUUGAAGACAAAAUGGAUCUCGGAGUUGUUUUAUUUGUAAUAGCAGUGGCUACUGGUGUACAUGGUACAUUGCGGGUGCCAAACUACUACAGUAACCACAUGGUGUUACAGCGUGCACCUGCUCGAGCAAUUUUGUGGGGAUAUGCUGACGUCAUAGGUGAUACAGUAACCAUUUUGAUGAACGGCGUUCAAAUUCAAGAAGCCACGGUUCAGAAAAGUACCAAAAAUAACACAGUUGGAUUUUGGAAAGUUAAGCUUCCAGCAGAGAGUAACCCAGGGCCGCACGAGAUUCACGUAAAAUCUAGUGAGGGGUUUCUCUCAUUUGUUGACGUCAUGUUCGGGGAUGUGUGGGUGUGCUCUGGACAAAGUAAUAUGCAGUUUACAAUGCGAGAGGUGUUCAACAGUACACAUGAAAUCGAUGACUCUAUACAAUACGGUGAUAUUCGGAUGUUAUUCUCUGACUUUAAACAAUCAAAUGUGCCACUUGACGAUGUCUCAUUAAAACGGCCGUGGAUAUAUCCCAUUAAAGGUAUAAUAAAUGAGUUUUCGGCCCUAUGCUUCAUGUUUGCACGUGAUCUUCAAAAGCGUUUGAAAUAUCCAAUCGGAGUAAUUGAAUCAGAUUGGGGCGGUACUCCAAUAGAAGUAUGGAGUGGCCCGGAUGCUGUCAACGCAUGCCCGACGACAUCAACCAUUACGCCGAAUAAGCACUGGCCAACAGAGAGAGGAGUGCUCUGGAACUCUAUGAUACAUCCCUACCUGUCAAUGACAAUUAAAGGCGCCAUCUGGUAUCAAGGUGAAUCAAACGCAGGCCGACCUGACCUAUAUGCAUGUCAGUUUCCCGCCAUGAUCGAUGACUGGCGGAAGAAAUUCCAUGCUGGAUCAGACGGUGAAACAAGUGAUCACUUCCCGUUUGGAUUCGUUCAGCUUGCACCAAAUCGUGCUGGUAACACUAUUGGAGGUUUCCCGCCGACAAGAUGGGCGCAGACGACAGACAUUGGCUAUGUGCCAAAUUCAAAUAUGCCAGAUACAUUUAUGGCAGUUGCAGUUGAUUUACCAGAUUUUAAUUCUCCAUCCGGGACUAUUCAUCCGACAUAUAAACAAGAUGUAGCAGCUCGUCUAGUUCUGGGAGCCAUGAAUGUUGCCUAUGGAGACAAAAGUGUUGUAUUCCAAGGUCCAUUUCCUACCGAGUAUAAUGUUAACAAUGGCCAACACACGUUGGGCAUUACUUUUAACGCCGGGAGUGGAAAUUUACAUGUGAACAAUAACAACGGGUUUGAGGUUUGCUGUGCAAGUACGACUUCCGGUUGUAAUUUUCCAACUGCUUGGGUAGCUGCUCCAAUAAAAGUAUCUGAAUCAUCAAAUAUUCAGAUAGAUACUUCCGGUUGCCAUGGAAACUUUCAUGUUGCUGGUGUCAGGUAUGCUCAGUUCCUAGUAAAAACAUAAAAUAAAAUCUAGAUU